GUAGUGGUUUGAGUGCUGGGCUACAACUCUGGAGGCCGGUGUUCAGGGCGAUCUUGGGCAAGUGGCACACUCUCAGCCUCUCCCUCUGAACAAAUCUUGCUAGGAAAAACCCAGGGUAGACUCCCCUUAGGAUUUCAUUAGUCGGAAACGAAAGCACCCAACAACAACCACAAGAUGAUGAUGAUGAUGAUGAUGAUGAUGAUGAUGAUGAUGAUGAGAGAGCAAAGAGACUCCAAGGCCCGGCACGCCGUGUGGCCGCCGUCUCGGCAGAGGACUACGUUUCCCAGCGCUCCCUGCGCAGAAAGCUUUGGAGGGGGAGGGAUGGGCUCCUCUCCCUCUUGGCCGAAGGGGAGGGGCUGGGAGGCUGGGUCUCCCUCCCUCUGUCCCUCCCCCACCCCCACCCCUCUGGGGAGCAGGGAGCCUUCCUCCUCCUCCUCUUCUCCUCCUCCUCCUCUUCCUCCCUUCGCAGCCAUGGACUCAGACUUUUGUGCCUCCCCAGGGCCCCCAGAGGAUUUCCCUCCAGGCUCCAAGCGACGCCGGACGGUGGAGGACUUCAACAAGUUCUGCACCUUCGUCUUGGCCUACGCCGGAUACAUCCCUUCCCCACAAGAGGACCCCUCCUCCUGGAGCACCCCCAGCCCCCCAAACAGCACAGGGGGCACCGUCGACAGCGACAGCGGGGAAUCCCGCUACGGCCACUUCCUCUCGGCCACCUCCCGGCCAGGGAUGCCCCGGAAGAGCUUCAGCCAGCUCAAGCACGGCAGGUCCUUCUCCUCCUCCUCCUCCUCUUCCUCCUUCUACCCAUGGACCAAGAAGCCCAGCAGGUUCCUGGCAGAAAGGAAGAAAACCGAGAUAGUCCGGAAGAAGAGGAGGGUGAUGCGGAGGGAAACAGCUGCCCCUCUGCCAGGGGUGGCAUACCGAGAGGAGGAGGACAAAGAAGAGGAUGAGCUGCUACUGGAAGGAUCGAGGCCCUACGGGGAGCAGCCGACCAGCCCCUCUUCGGAAGGGGAUACCCAGUCCUCCUCGGGGCACUACUCCGCCUGGGAUUCGGACACCCCCUCCAAUGCCUCUUACCCACAGAUGGCACCGGCUGAGCAGAGCCUAGUCCAGAGGGUGGGGAAGCGCACGAUCAUUCGGCAGGGCAAGCAGGUGGUCUUCCGUGAUGAGGAUGGCAGCAGUGAUGACGAAGACAUCAUGGUGGACUCUGAUGAUGACUCCUGGGAUCUGGUGACCUGCUUCUGCCUGAAGCCCUUUGCCGGGCGGCCCAUGAUUGAGUGCCGGGAGUGCCACACCUGGAUCCACCUCUCCUGCGCCAAGAUCCGCAAAUCCAACGUCCCUGAAGUCUACAUCUGCCAGAAAUGCCGUGACUCUAAGUUCGACAUCCGGCGCUCCAAUCGCUCCCGGAUGGGCUCCCGACGCCGCUUCCUGGACUAGCCAGACCUUCCCCAAGUGUGUGAGACACACACGUAAACAUACAUAUAAGCCAAACCCCAGACUGGACUUGCAAAACGAGAGGCUCACAGAUGGUGUUGGUGGUGGAGAAGCAGAACUGGACGCUGAGGGCCCAGACAGCCUCUGGAAGAGAGCCAGCCCUGUGCCCCACUACCCAAGUGAGGGAGCCGGGGAAGGCAGAGAGGGGCCUGAAGUUCUGCCCGUCUCCUUCAAAAUCUUCUUUUCUCCCAGUAGAAAAGCAGGGAGGGAUCAGCAGGCUUCCCUACUAAGGGAAGGGAGUUCAGAGAUGGGAACAGCCUGAGGUGUGUUUGCACUCUUGUACCAUGGAAGCCCUGGGCUAUCCUGGAAUCAUAUGAUGGAGGAAGGAGACCGGCCCUAUUAGAUGGUUUAGGGGCAGAAGAUCAGGAUCGUGCUCCAUUUGGACUUGAGUUCCCAUCCUGGCGAGCUGUGUUUGGAGGGCAGGGAAGAGGCAGAGGGGUCUUUCAAAACAGAGGGAUGGCAGCCGAGUGCAGGAAGAAAGGAGGGCUCAGACUCAGGGGAAGGAAAAUGGGGGACGUAUUCAACGCAAACAGAUUCCAUCCCAGAAAGUGUCUGUGCACACAAGCGUGCAACACUGCCCUUGCAAGGAUCCAACAGUGGUGUUUUGCACUUUCUUUUCUGUGAGAGAGAUAGGGAAAAACCUCUGGUUGUCCCAGGAACAUGCAAAUGCCCAGUUGUUGGAUCAGUAAGGAGAGGGAAAACACAAAAGGAGAGGUUGAAGUACUCCAUGCUGGAAUCUGGGCAAGGAGAGACCUUUGGACACUUCAUAUGAGAUGGCAGAGAAUGUCCCAAAAUGGAGGGGCACUCAAGAGGAAGGAGGUAUGGAACCUCCCCAUUUUAACUGCUUACCCCUAAGCAAUGGGGCAGAUGUUAUCUUUCAUUGUCUCCUUCUCUUGUUGUGCUCAUAACACCUCCAUCCAUUUUACAGAAAGGGUGUACUUUUGACAUGAUUUCUGAGGUGGUUCUGACUGGGGGAUCUGGUUCCUCUUGGGCUCACCCCUUUGUCAAAGAUGGAGACACAGCACCCCCAGGAGGCUGUGGGGUCCCGAGUCUUCAGGGUUUAAAUGUUUGCAAAGCAGUCCAACCACUGAGGGACUGUGAAGUCCCAGAGCAAAAGGCGUAUGCUAUAUUCAGAGAUUCAGGUCUUCAUUUGGCUGGUUCUUAUUCCAUCUUCUGAGCUGCCACAGCAGGUGGCAAGUCUGAUAAGCCAAACUGAAUGGCAUCUUCACCAGGAGGAUAAACACUGGGCUGUCUGGAAAGUUCACCCAUGUACAAUCUUCGUUGGAAAACUUUAAUUUUUUUAAAAAAACAUUAAAAUCACUUGUUUCAUGAGAGGA